AUGGCUUCUUCUUCGACGCCCAUCACUCCAUUGCUCUACUCGUGCAUAGCGCACAAUAACACCAUCCUCAGCGAAUGCACAACAUCAGCCGUAUCGCAAACCUCCUCCCUCGCCUCCGUCAUCCUCCCCAAGAUCGAGCACACCACCCCCCAGAAGUUGACCUACACCCACGGCUCGCACCACAUCCACUACAUCGCCGAAGCGCCCUCCGACCACCCAGAUCACCCUUCCGCCGGCGGCCUCACCUUCCUCGUCAUUGCCGACGCCUCGCUGGGCCGCCGCAUCCCCUUUGGCUUCCUCUUCGAGAUCCGACGCCGCUUCCUCGAGCAGUUCCCCGCCGAGACGACCGACUACGCCGAGCUGCCCAACUACGGCGCCGCCAGCUACAAUGGCCAGCUCAAGAAGUUCAUGGUCGACUACGGCACCACGAGCGGCGGCAAGGAUGACGCCAUCUCCAACGUCCAGCGCGAGAUUGACGAUGUCCGGGGCAUCAUGACGCGCAAUAUCGAGGGCUUACUCGAGAGGGGCGAGCGCAUCGAUUUGCUCGUCGACAAGACGGACCGUCUCGGCGGCAGCGCGCGUGAGUUUCGCGUCCGCAGUCGCGGUCUGAAGAGGAAGAUGUGGUGGAAGAACGUCAAGCUGAUGGCGCUUCUCACGCUGGUCGUGGUGCUCAUCGUACUCGCGAUUGUGAUUGCGGUGAAGAACUGA